AGGUAGGUACGGGGUGCGGACCGGUCCGCGACGGCGACGGGGGGUGGCAGGUCCCCAAUCCCACCCCUUGGCCUGCCACGGGAGACCUGCGGCCUCGAGCGGGUUCCCAGGACCCAGCCGCCGUUUUCGGCCAAUGGCGCCUCUAGGCGUCUUAUGGAGAAAAUGAGCCCUCCUAGCCUGAGUUGAAACAUGGUGCUUGGGAACAGUAGCUUUGGGGCCGGCGAGGUGGUUUAGCUGGUAGUGGCGCUUGCGGCCAAACUUCACGACAUGAGCUCGACCCCUGAGGAUGGUCAAAGAAUCAAUUCUUAUAGGCUGUUCUCUGACCUACACUCCCACUUCGUUGCACCCUCCGCAAACACACACAAAACAAAUAAAUGUAAUUUGUAAGGGGGCUAGCGAGGUGGCUCUGUGGUUAAGAGCUUGAACUGCUCUAGCAGAAGACCAGGGUUCAGUUUCCAGAGCUCACAGCUGUCUGUAUCUCCAGAGAAUCCAACCCUCUACCCUUUCCGGGCACCUGUGCACACACAUAAACAUAACAAAAAUAAUUUUUAUAGUUGGUAGUAGGUAGGAGAAAGCUGGAAUUGUCACUGUUCUUUGUCCCAUGCCUGCUCUUCUCAAUACUUAAGCCCUGUGAUGACGCCCAAUGGCAUCCUCACUGACUGAAUCCUUUAGAAAAAAUUUUCCCAAAUGGGGAAAGUAGGAAUCAGGUAGCUGCUGACCCACAGUCAGGCAGCUAGGAAGCAGCAGAGAGAUUGAUGCCCAAGCUGUAGUUUGCUGUGGCAAAUGAGGUCAGGAGUGACCCUUGGCACUGAAGAACCCCCUGUGCAUCUAUCCACCUGAGCAGUCUGUAUGAAACCUGGCUGUGGAGCCAUUUAAGCUUAAGCUGGGGCUGGAGGAUCUGGAGUCCUGGGCCAGCCUGGGCUACAUCGAAGGGCUCUCCUUGGCUACCCCUGCACUCUGUGGAGGCUCAGCGUCAGGUUGCAACUCAGAACUCCUGUGAACUCCAAGAACCAGAAGAUCCAGGCCACAGAGCCCCAUCUUCACAGCCUCCGCAGCCCCCGCAGCCUCCAAAGGGCACUCCUCACUGCAUGUGCUCGCCAGGCUGAUUUCACAGUUGGAGCCUUGCUAGUAAGACCCUACAGGCAGUUCCCAAGAUGGGGGAAAGGAAAGGCCAGAACAAGUACUACCCUCCGGACUUCAACCCCGAAAAGCAUGGCUCUCUCAACCGAUACCACAACAGCCACCCACUUCGAGAACGGGCUCGGAAGCUCUCACAAGGCAUCCUUAUUAUCCGAUUUGAAAUGCCAUACAACAUCUGGUGUGACGGCUGUAAGAACCACAUCGGCAUGGGUGUGCGCUACAAUGCAGAAAAGAAGAAGGUUGGCAAUUACUACACGACUCCGAUCUACAGGUUCCGGAUGAAAUGCCACCUCUGUGUCAACUACAUCGAGAUGCAAACAGACCCUGCCAACUGUGACUAUGUCAUCGUGAGUGGUGCCAGUCGCAAGGAGGAGCGUUGGGAUAUGGAAGACAAUGAGCAGGUGCUGACCACAGAGCAUGAGAAGAAAGAGAAACUGGAGACAGAUGCCAUGUUCCGCCUAGAGCAUGGUGAGGCUGACCGCAGCACGCUAAAGAAGGCCCUUCCCACCCUCAGCCACAUCCAGGAGGCACAGAAUGCCUGGAAGGAUGACUUUGCUCUGAAUAGCAUGCUACGGAGGCACUUCCGGGAGAAAAAGAAAGCCAUGCAGGAGGAGGAAGAGAAGGACCAGGCCCUGCAGGCGAAGGCCAACCUAGCCAUCCCUCUUGUGCCAGAGUCGGAGGAUGACCGCAGGCUGGCUGCCCUGCUAAGGUUGCACACCCUGGACUCUUAUGAGGACAAACAGAGAAUGAAGCGGACAGAGAUCAUCCACCGAUCAUGGUUCCCCUCAGCCCAGGGACCCAGCACUAGCAGCAGCAAAGCUAGCACUGUCCUGAAGAAGCUGUGCCGGGGCCGCAGACCACCCACCGGCAGCGCAGGGGCACCGGGGGACCUGGGCAUAGUGAGGAGAAAGUCUCGAGAAGCUCCAGAAAGUCCCCAGUGUACAGCGGACAACUCCUUGUCAGAAGAACCAAGAGGACCACCCGGAACCACCCCAGACAGCAAGACACUUCAAGGGACAGCAGAGGCACCCAGAACCAGCAAGACACUAGAAUCUAAGAGAAACUGUAGUGAUCAAGCCUUACCCCUAGGUUCCUCCCAGGAGGACCUGCUGCACCCCAACACCCCCAACGCCUCCCUGGUGGCUGACUACUCUGACUCAGAGAGUGAGUAAGGGAGUCAGAACUCCAGGACUAAAAGCCAUGACUUGUCCAGACCCUAGGGACUGGCUGCAUUGCUGCCAGCCCAGCCAUAAACUUAUCUUCCUAUACAGAUUAUUAUUUAUUUGGUUUUGGUGAGGAUGUCUGUGCCUUGAUGUAACCCUUGAUACCUGAACAUUAAAGUUCUCUGUCCCUGCCUUGUGGUACUAAA